AUGAGUACCGAGGGCCCCAGCCUCACCAGCUCCUUGGCCCCCAGCCCCUUUGCCUUCUUCACAGCUCCAGCCACUCCAGAGACCUCCGCGGAGGCAGCCCAUCUCCUCCCUGUGCUCAUUGCCCUGGCCUGCAUUUUCCUCCUGCUGGCCACCUGUCUGCUGUUCAUGACCCUCUGCAAGUCGGCCUUGCUGGACCCGAGCCGCCGCGGGUCGCGCGAGUGCAUGCCCCACCACCCAGGGAACUCCAGCGAGCCCCAGCUCCGCCUCUGGAAGCGCCUUGGCUCGCUGCGCCCUUCCCUGCACAGCUUCCGCCGGGGCCUACCCUCUGCCCCAAGACGCCCCCUGCCGGGCCGCGAAGGCCAUAGCGACAGUGAUUGCAUGGAAUCCACCAAGAUGUGA